CGUGUCCUUACGUUAUGCACCACGCACACAUGUAGCUUAGCGUCGAACGAGGCAAUGAUGUGCACGAAGUAUUAUCCCUUAUUACAAGAUACGCUUCCGCGCUGGCCGCACGUACAAUAGUCGUCUGUCGACCUCUUUUGUGGAGCGGAGUGCGAAGUUUCAGUUUGUUUACGAAAAGCCAUAGCGAUGCAUAGUGCGUUAGUUAGCGCGAUUGUGUCAUCGACCGAGCGCCGGUUAUCGCUAAAUUGCGAGUGAAUCACGGACAAUGUUCGUUGUGGAGUUUUCGAAAAAAACUUCUUGUGUAUUUGUGAACUUUUGAGAUCGCAUCUCUUCGCCGCCAAACUUAGUGACUGUGAACCGAGUGUCAAAGUGAACUUUUGUUAAAUAUAAAAACUUUUAUAUUUGAUAAACGAAGAAAUAAAUAAAAAGUUUUGUAAAAUCCAAAAUACGUCUACAAUUAACUGAUAUAAUUGGGGAAAUAAAAAGAAAUAAAACCCAAGUGCGUCGUGACAAGAACGCGCACAGCAUUUAUGUAUACAAAACAAACCGCAAUCUGUCCACGCUUCUUCCGUAGAAAAAGGCGUUGUGAGAGACAAAGAUGGCAAUAGCAUUCAACUUGCCAAGUGAGAGAGAGUCGGCAGAGGAGAACUUUUCACGGUUGAACCGGCUCCUAGCCGAGCUGUACGAGGUUCUAUGCCACAUCUUGGUAUCACGACAUCCUGGCCAAGAGGUGCAGGACAAUCGCCGAGAUCGGCCGUACUCCGAGUCAGACAUCGUACGACCAUCAGCAGCCCCGCCCCCGAGCCGCUUAUCAGCUUCCUCUCCCCCCCUAACACUUCCCCUGGACAUGGACCUCGAUGACGACGUAUUCGUGAGCCCACGAACAGAUAAUGGAAACGACCGAUUUUCAACCACCAACCUGGAGAUCUUCAGAUAUGGGAGUCCGAGAACCCCAGCGGGGGUUUUGCUUAGUCCUCGAAGGGAGUCCUCGUUUAACUUCUCGGUGACUGGCGAGAAGCAUUGGAGGGAUAAGGGAGGAACAGAUGUGGCUGAUGGCGUUGUUGAUACGGAUGAGACAGACGCAGCAUCUCCAGAGUGCCCAAACGAGAAACGUUCGUCCGAGAGUUCAAUUCUCUCAUCCAUCAUGCCUGACAGCAUAUCUGGCUCCAUCUGUACUGCUGUCCUCUUCAUGCUGGGAUGGAAACUUCUCUCGAACAAACGGUGAAGAGUGAAUGCGAAAUAAUGAAUUGAUAUACAUCGGAGAGUAUAAAAGCUCAUUGGACGAUAUAUCAUUUAGUAUAUUUAAUUCAAUCUAAUUAAAUGGUUAUGGUGUAACUAUAUGUUGAAAUUAUAUUAUCAAAGAUUAUAGAACUCAUAAAAUUGCCAUAGACUAUCUAUAUUACUAUUACGUUUGACUUGUUAAAAUGUGCGUAUUUGACAGAUUUUGAUCUAUUACAUAUUGGUCAAUUGUCAUUUUUGUUCGCCAUUGAUUUGGCAUAACCAAUCAAGGUAAUUGAAUGUCCUUUGAGGUUUUAUAUUUUCCUAUGUUUACUGUGAAGAUGCCGUAUUAAAACUGGAAACUAACUUGGUUUCGAAGUUUUAAACCAAUUUUUGCAUGAAAAUCCACGGUUUUUAAACUGUGGCCUGAUAGAUUUUGAAAUACAUGUCAAUGUAUCGGGUAUGUCAUUUGAAUAUUUGUGCCCUCUUGUAUUAAGGCCUAUAAUCGUCAUUUGUAUUUUAUUCCUAAAUAUUGGUAAAUGUAAAAUUAUUCUUGUAUAUAAAAUAGCGCUGUAUAAACUGUUAAUAUUUCAGAAAUAUACAUUUUCGCGAUAGUUAUAACCUAUGUAAUUCGUAUUUAACGAAAAUUUUAUACUGUUACGAAUUUUUUCUUCAGAAAACAUGUUUAAUGGAAUUUAUAAAUUGUAGUUAUGUGUACGAGGAAUAUAAUUGAAGAAUAUAAUAUUGUAAUAGCACUGGUAUGUACUUCUGUUUGCCUUUAUACUCUAUGCUCUAAGCCUUUACAUACGAUUUUCAUUACUGUGAGACUUAUGGUAUUGAAAAACUUUUUUAGUUUUGCAUUAUUUUUAUUGAAGCAGUCGCGCAACCUUUGGUCUGCGCUUGAAAUCUGUACAUACUUCGUAACUAUAUCUUUAGUAUUUUCUGUAAUUUUUCGAAAAAGCGAUUUAAAAUUAUUUAAAAAGUUUCUAGUUAGAAGUCUCCAAUUAUAUUCCUCUUACUUAAUUAAUCUAAAACGCACAAGAACGUAACAAUAUAAGAACUUUUGCGAUUAUUCGGCUUUCGGUGUUGUCAAUUUAAAGCAAUAAAAUCUAGACGAAUUUAUCCAUGUUUUAUUAUUAGGAAAUAAUAUUAAAAUCUGGGACUAUGUAUUUCACAAAUUCCAAAGAAACAGCCUAAAAUUAUCAUCGAUUGAUCUCAUUAUUGUUGUAAUGAAAAUGAUUAAUUUAGUUUAGAUAAACGGUUCGUGCCAAGAACUCCGAAAAUAUUUAAUCAAUAGAAUAUUAAGAUAAUAUAAAAUAUAAUUUAUCGCAUUAAUACAAAAUUAUAAAGAAUCUAUAUGAUUCGUUACCGUAUAGAUGCUUUUAUUGUUUUAAUCUAAUUUAUAAAUUAUUGACUCGUAUAGGUUAAUUAAUAAGUGUAUAACAAAUAGUGGCUUCAAUCUUCGUGUUUUUAUUCAAUUGUUUUUUUGUAUGAAAACGUAGCUAAAGAUAUUCCAUUUUUGAAAUUCCAUUUCGGGAUCAAUAAUAUUUUGGGAACAAAAUUUUAGUUUAAGCAAAGUAGUUUUAUUUAGUGUAUUUUUGCUUUAAGAAAGACAAAACAAUGAAGGAUGUGUUCAAUUGUGAUAUGUUAUUUAAGGUGAAAGGUUAAUUAAAAAAGUUUUCAUAAUGAUCUCUUGAAAACUCUUAUUUGCUAACACUUCGCUUUAAAGCGUCCAAAAGAAUCUCAAUUACAUUCAUAAUUUCUUACAUUAUAUGUAUACAUUGUUUUCUAGCUAAACAGAUUUUAAAAUCAUAACAAAACCAACUAAAACUAUGGAAACUACUUCAUUUCGAAUUACAGAUUAUUAAUAUAAAAAAUAAAAUACAUAUUUAAAAUCAUAAUGUUUGUUUUGGAUGCAUUUGAGUGAAGUUCAAAUAAAAAUCAAUGCAGUAAGAGUUUUGUAUAUAAAUUAAAAUUGGUAUGCUUUUGCUGUUUAAGAAUUGUAGCGAAAAAUUUCUAAAUUUCCGUACUAAUGCUUAAUGUGUUUUUGAAGAAUGAGUAAAUAGUUUUGGAAUCGUUUAAUAGAACUAUAGAGAAUGAGAACUAUAAAAAAGGGUUUUAAGGAUUAAGGUAUUUUUUCAUUGAAUGUUGUCUUAUUCAUUCUUCAAAACAGUGCUUGCGCCUGUAUGAUAAUUACUUGUAUAAUAUUAUAAGCAAUAUAAUUGUAAUUAGAAUUUAAGAUAAGCUUUGCUGAUGUAAACAAAGUACUUACGUCCUUUUGAUUUAUAAAAAGAGAGAUUUCAAAUUUAGAAUGUGAUCUAAAUCAAAUUAAUUUCUCAGAGCACGUAACAACUCAGUAUUAUUUUAUAUUGAGUAUUUCGUUAAAGAGGGCCUUUAUUUUACACGCGAUUUCUAUAUUCAAAAUACCAAUCGUAAUUACUACAAGCCGAUAGAAUUAUGCAGAGUGCUUUGACAGACUUUUAAAGAAAAUAAGGACAAGAAAGGACGACAAUUUUGAAAAACUUUUUCUUUUGCAUUGCACAUUAAAAUAUCGACGUCGAAAAUAAAGGCCCUUUUAAGCUAUUUAAUGGCAUAGACCUUUAUAUAACUAGUUUAAAAAUGUGUGAUUUUAUUCUAUAGUAUAAUUGCAGGCCUGUAUAUUUUAAAAUAAUUAAUUUUAGUUAAAUUUAGUUCGUAAUCGCCUUUUACCAAUAAGUUGUAUGCCAGAUAUUUGUAAUUUUAUAUACUGCCAAUUAUUUUCUGUUUUUUGUAUAUUCUUUAGUUAAAAAUAAUAUAAUUUUUAUAAAUA